AUGGACAGCCCUCACAUUAUUCAUGUCCCUCGUAAAGGGAACCCAUUACCCAACAUUAUAUACCAGAGCACCACAUACUCGGAGCAGAUGAACGCUUGGUUGCGAGAGGAUCAUAAGGAUAUGCCGUGGCAUAACCUUGAUUCGAUUGUAACGUCUAGCAGUAACACAUCCGAGCCCAACCCAAACACCAACGCUUCACACAACCCUGCCACUCAGGGCAGUGCCAAGUAG